AUGGAGGGCAGGCAGAUCCCACUUCAGCCCCGGGUGCCAGUCCAGAGACAGAAUAAGAGAGUCAAGGGCAACCCCCAGGCCCAGGCCCAGAAAGAGUCCGAAAAGGCGAUGCAGAACGCCAGGAAGGUGGAGCAGGAGAAGCAGGGCACGAGCCAGGACCCCAAGGCCCUAGAGUUUAACGGCAAGCAUCAGAGAGCUGAGGCCGACGUAAAGGGGAACCCCAGCAUAGAUGGUGGCACCCCUGAAGAGGUAGGAAGAAAAGCCUUGAACGUCAGUGAGCCUGAAGAGAAAAAGGCGGCCCGAGCGGUAGCGGCAGAUAAGCCCCCCAAAGCACAGGCCCUAAAUAAGCCUAAGACACCAGGAGACAUUCUAAAUGGAGUCAAAGCCAAGCCUUCUGGCUCUGCCGCUCAUGGCCAGGAGGACAGAGAGCCAGAGAAGCACGGCAGUGCCUCUGACAGCAGCUACCCAGGGCACAAGCAGCAGAAGCCCAGAUGCAGUCUCCCCCGGGUCGGGGAGAACUUCCACCUAGCAAAGGCCAGCAUGAUGUCCCGAGUGCCCAGGUUCCCCAUGUUACAGCAGAGGUUCGACAACCUUAAGCUCACUGGCAGCAACCACAGGGGCAUCAGAGUAGGCAGCCCGAGGCCUCCAAUUUGGAACCCUCGGAGCUGGGGGGCAAGCCCAGGCCACAGCAGAUUUGGGCACGGUAACGCCCAAAAGGCCUUGCCUGCCAAAGUGGGCCUGAGCAGCCCAAAGCUGGACACAUGGUCCAGAAACAAGCCCACACCCCCCGCUGUCCCCAAAGAGGAGACCUGGGGCCUUUUCAAACAGCCAACUCUUUUUCCAGGGAGCAACUACACUGUCCCUGAAGUCACUUAUGCCAGCAAGGUUAAACAAAACCUGCACAAGGUCCCCAAAACCUUCAUUUCCUCGGGCUUGACUUCAGAACCAUUGCCGUUUCUGUCUCCAACAUCCACCUUGGUGGGCUCUCCCAUCCUACCACCUAGCCAAAGGCUGACCCAAGUGCCUGGGGCUCCCCUGAGACCAGUUAAUCUGCUGAGCUCUGAGAACAGGCCUGAACAGAACAUCCUUCCAUUCAGUAACCAGCCCCUGCCUUUGGAGACUUGUCUAAUGAAGUGGCCCAUGCCUAACCUUAAGUCAGCGAUCCCCAAAGUGAGUGUGAGCUGCCAGGCCAUGGAACAGAGCUUCAUUAACCGCCCCCCCAUGCUGACAACUACACCCGAGGACCUGAUGCCAAACCCUCGGCCCUCCCAGCUAGAAGCCCAGAAGCUCAGGGAGAUCGUCAAAAACAAAUGGGGUUUAUCAUUCAUCAGCGAGAUCGACCCUGACCCCGACACUGCCCAAGAGGCCGCACCAGAGGCGCACGUCAAACAGCCUCCGCUGCCAGACAAGUGUCCCACCCCCAGCCCUCUGGCUUCCCAGGAGACCGCAGCAAAGCCCACUGGGGCUGAGCCCCCCCAAGGUUGUGAUGUUGGCAAAUGGCUCACCCCACAAGGCCUGGGGAGCAUCAUCAAGCCAGCCGUUCUGAAGAGUGCGAGCACGGAAGCCCUCAUUCCCCCCGUGCCCGGUGCCCAAGAUGACCCGAAGGAGGCAGACCUGAAGAGCACCGGGUCGCUCAUGCUUCUCCACACUGACGAGCUAGAUUCUUCCGAGCCCUUUACCUUGAGCCUCGACCCCAACUUGAAGGAAGCAGAGGAGAGGCAUAAAUGGGAGCCGUUCGAUUUCAGGGCCGCUGUGGAAUACCACAUUGCCGAAAUGAAAUCCAUCUGGGAUCUGCAGAAGAAAGACCCCAAAAAAGUGGUCAUUUAUGACGAGUCUUUGGACUUAUAA